AUGAAGGAAAUCGGAGUCUGUAUCGAUGCAAAAUUCAUGGACCAUGGACCGGAAGAUUUAGCUCUAGUUGUGAAGGCGGCCGAUUUAGCUGCAAGACGGCAUCGUCAUCAGAAGCGUAAGGAUCAUGCUGGUACACCGUACGUGAAUCAUCCCAUUGGUGUAGCUUACAUUCUGACGAACGAAGCGAAGGUAUUCGAUGCGGUCACACUUGCUGCUGCACUGCUCCAUGACACCGUUGAAGACACGAAAACCACACUUGAGGAGAUCAAGCGAGAAUUCGGAGAAGAGGCGAAACUUGUUCAUUUGGCCGACAAACUCUACAAUUUACGCGAUUUGGAACGCCAGACACCAGUGGGUUGGGAUCGACGACGAGUCAAGGAGUACUUCAGAUGGUCAAAAGAGGUGAUCGCUGGCAUGAAAGGAACGAAUGAGUAUCUCGAAAUGACUCUCGACGAUCUUAUCAACAAGCACCUUGCUUGA